GUAUGUAUUUAGUUUACGUCUCUGCAGAGGGUAAGCCGGUGAAAACGCCUCCAGAGAUGAAGGGAGUGGUCGCUAAGUACCCUGAUCUAUUUGAAGAGCCGAAAGGGGUUGUUGAGAGGGAGGUCGUCCACACGAUAGAGAUUAUCCCAGGGUCUAGCAUUCCGAAGGGUAGAAUCUAUCGGAUGUCUCCAAGUGAGCUCGAUGAGCUUCACCGGCAACUCAAGGAUCUCAUAGAGAACGGUUGGAUCCGGCCUAGUGUUUCCCCUUAUGGAUCGCCAGUCUUAUUUGUACUGAAGAAGGGGGGGACCUUGAGGAUGUGCAUUGACUAUAGGGGCCUCAAUGCCAUCACAUUAAAGAACGCAGAGCCCCUACCGCGCAUCGACGACUUAUUGGAUCGAGUGCAAGGGUGUCGGUACUUCAGUAAGAUAGAUUUGAAGUCCAGGUACCAUCAGAUUGCAAUACGGCCCGAGGAUCAACACAAAACUGCAUUUCAGACCAGGUACGGUCUGUACGAGGUUGUAGUGAUGCCUUUUGGCCUUUGCAAUGCUCCUGGCACCUUUCAGCAUGCGAUGAACAAGAUAUUUCAUGACUACUUUGACAAGUUUGUCAUCGUGUACCUCGAUGACGUACUUAUCUUUAGUACGACUGUCGAGGAGCAUGUAACGCACUUAGAUAAAAUCCUUAGCCUCCUCAGACAGCACCAGUCCAAGAUCAACCGGGAGAAGUACGAUGUUACUCAGUCUUUGGUGGAAGCCUAUCGCGAGGACCCAUUCAUGUCAACGAUCAUACGCAAACUCGAGGUGAAGGAUAAGGCUACGUCUGAAGAGUUUGAGUUGAUCAAUGGCCUGCUGUUCCUUGAGAAGGCCGGGAAUAAACGUCUUUGUGUGCCUAAUCGAGAGUCUUUGCAUAGUUUAUUUUUAGGAGAAUGUCAUGAUGCCACCGGACAUUUUGGGUAUAAAAAGACUGCAGCAAAUCUGUUGCAGCGGUUUUGGUGGCCCACGAUGAUGAGAGAUGCCAAACUGUAUGUUGAGACUUGUCAAGUUUGUCAACGAGACAAGCCCCGAACACAAGCUCCUCUAGGGUUUCUCAAGCUCCUUCCCAUUCCGGAAAGGCCUGGUGAAAGCCUGUCCAUGGAUUUCAUGGAUACGCUAGUCACCAGCAAGAGUGGCAUGAGGUACAUCUACAUGAUCGUGGAUAGAUCUAUUAAGGAUGUCCGAUUCACUUCGGCUAUAAUGAGAGACAAGGAUGUCCGAUUCACCAGUGAUCUGUGGAAGGCCGCAGCUGCCGAACAAGGAACACAGCUGCAGAUGACAUCUGGAAACCAUCCGAAGGCAAAUGGACAGGCAGAGCAAAUGAGCCGCGUUGUCCAACACUUGCUCAAGCAUUACAUUAAGCCUAAUCAAGUGGACUGGGAUGAGAAGCGCGCUCUCAUCGCCAGCCUGUACAACAACGCAGUUCAUAGUGCUACGGGAGUAAGUCCUAACAGUCUGCUAUUGACUUUCAAGCCUAGACUGCCCCUAGACUUUCUGUUACCUGAGAACCAGCCCACUGCUGCUCCGAGCACUUUGGAAUUUGCCUAUAGAUAUGAGAAACAUAUGCAGCAGGCGGUAGAACACAUGCACAAAGCACAGGCGGCGACGAUCGAAUCUGAGAACAAGCACCGCCGCCCAUCUACGUUUCAGGUAGGGGACAGAGGCUGCGUCAAGGCUUUAGAACUGGGACAAGAGCACGAGAUCUCCGGUAAGCUCAUGCCACAGUACUUGGGCCAUGGGAGGUUCUAGAUGUAGUGGGGAAUGAACCAGACGGACCCUC